GCCCGAACGGUCACUGAAGUCGGGACGGGGCCGGCAGCCGGACUCGUCCGCACCCUGGCCGCGCCGCCCGGACCUGUCCGGCUGGGGCGCAGGUGCCCCUAGAGGAGGCCGCCCCACGCCACCGGGGCCCCCUCCGGUUCUGAAAAACUUUAGUAUGACUGUUCAGAAAACCUUAAUGAAAAUUUCAAGACAUACUUCUCCCCACAACAUUCCCAUAAUGAAGCCUGUUUGAUGACUGUGGAUGACAGUGGUUUUAGAUAUAAUCAAUGGAUAAAGUGGGGAAGAUGUGGAACAACUUCAAAUACAGGUGUCAGAAUCUUUUUAACCACGAAGGAGGAAACAACAAUGAAAAUACAGUUGUGAACUCUAACAGGUGUUUAUCUGUCAAAGAAAGGAAUAUCAGCAUAGGGGACUUGGCUCCCCAGCAACAAAGUAGUCCCUUAAGAGAGAAUGUUGCCUUACAACUUGAAAUAAGCCCAUCAAAAAAUUCUUCAAGAAGAAACCAAAACUGUGCCACUGAUAUCCCUCAGAUCGUAGAAAUCAGCAUCGAGAAGGAAAGUGACUCGUGCAUCACCACCACAGGUACGAGACUGGCACGGAGAGACUCCUACUCUCGCCAUGCUCCGUGGGGGGGGAAGAAGAAACAUUCCUGUUCUACAAAGACACAAAGUUCUUUGGAUACUGAGAAAAGGUUUGGUAGGACCCGCAGUGGCCUGCAGAGAAGAGAGAGACGAUACGGCGUGAGCUCUGUCCACGACAUGGAGAGUGUCUCUAGCAGGACGGUCGGCAGUCGAUCUCUGAGGCAGAGGCUGCAGGACACUGUUGGGUUGUGCUUUCCCAUGAGAACGUAUAAUAAACAAGCAAAACCUCUCUUUUCUAAUAAGAGAAAAAUACACCUUUCUGAAUUAAUGCUUGAAAAAUGUCCUUUCCCUGCUGGAUCAGAUCUAGCGCAGAAAUGGCAUUUGAUUAAGCAGCACACGGCUCCUGUGAGCCCUCAUUCAACCUUCUUUGAUACCUUUGACCCAUCUUUGGUGUCCACUGAAGAUGAGGAAGAUCGGCUUCGGGAGAGAAGGCGGCUAAGUAUCGAGGAAGGUGUGGAUCCACCUCCCAAUGCACAAAUACAUACGUUUGAGGCCACUGCACAGGUUAAUCCCUUAUAUAAGCUGGGACCAAAGUUAGCCCCGGGAAUGACUGACAUGACUGGAGAUGGUGCUGUCGCCCCACAGGGGAGCUGUGAUUCUGAAGAGGAUGCCACCACCCUCUGCCUGCAGGCGCGGCGGCAGAAGCAGCGCCAGGGCUCUGGGGACAGCCACGGUCAUGCCCACACAGGCCGCCAGGGAGCGUGGAAAGUUCACACGCAGAUCGACUACAUCCACUGCCUCGUGCCUGAUCUGCUCCAGAUCACAGGGAAUCCCUGCUACUGGGGUGUGAUGGACCGAUAUGAAGCAGAGGCCCUCCUCGAAGGGAAGCCCGAAGGCACUUUCUUGCUCAGGGACUCUGCACAAGAGGACUACCUCUUCUCUGUGAGCUUCCGCCGGUAUAACCGAUCCCUGCAUGCGCGCAUCGAGCAGUGGAACCACAAUUUUAGCUUCGAUGCCCAUGAUCCCUGUGUGUUUCACUCCUCCACUGUCACAGGGCUUCUAGAACAUUAUAAAGAUCCGAGUUCGUGCAUGUUUUUUGAACCAUUGCUUACUGUAUCACUAAAUAGGACUUUUCCUUUCAGCCUUCAGUAUAUCUGCCGUGCAGUCAUCUGUAGGUGCACUACAUACGAUGGAAUCGAUGGUCUCCCUUUACCGUCAAUGUUACAAGACUUUUUAAAAGAAUAUCACUAUAAACAAAAAGUGAGGGUGCGCUGGUUAGAGCGAGAACCAAUAAAGGCAAAGUAAACUCCGUUCAGUGCCCCUAGUAGGCUUUUCUUAGAUUUGCUUUUCUGUGCAUCAAACGUAUACCAAUAGCAAGCACAUGUACCAGUAUUAGUUUUUUUUGCAAUAUCGUACUUAAUCUUAGUUUUAGUAUCUUGUCAGAUGCUCUCUGCUGUUACUUAUACAAAUAACUGUGGUGCCUACUGAAAUAAUUAGUAGAGGACAAAGCUGCACAUGUUCAAUAGGGCCUACCCAUACACAAAACACAUUUGCUGAUUUUUCUAAAUGUUUGGUUUUUAAUAGUUGUAGUAAUAGGAUGAAGCAAUUUUGGGGCAUUUGCUAUGAUAUUCUAUUUCCUACCGAAGAACAAAUGAUUACUAUUGGGUGAGCAUUUCAACAGUGUGACUAAUAUUUGAAAUGAGUAUUUUUUCUAAGAAUUUUUUCUAUAAUCUUACAAAAGUUGUAAUGUUUGUAGUUCCUCUAAAUCAAGGUUCAGAAGUCCAAGAAGUCAGACGGGCUUACUUUGCCUGCUGCCUUUUAGAAAUGACAAGCUCUGGCCACAAGGGCACUGUGCAGUCCACUUUUCAGUGUUGGUAUCGUUUGUAAUCUCCCUUUCUCCUUCACAAAGAAUCCCAAGCCCAUUUUUUCUAAAGAAUAGUUCUUAAAACUUUAGAUUCAUGUGUAAUCAAUAGUAGAAUUUUAUUUGAAGACCAUAAGUAUGAGAGAGAACUUUUUUGAUUAGUGCUUUAACUUGAACAGGCAUUUGGAAUAGCUGCUGACAACUUAGUGCUGCAUGUGAAUUUUUAAAUGCUGACGUGCAAUCUAAACUUUGAUUCAUGAAAACUGGAUCAUUUCUCAUGCCCAUAAUCAAUUUUUAACCAUGGAAAAAUGAGAAGCAAAGUGUAUAGAAGCAGCCCAGACACUAGUUAGUUGGUAACUACAGUGGUUGAAAGUUGAGCUGCAUUUAAUGGUUUGGAAUGGCAGUAUUUAUCUCUUGAUGUAAAAUAUGAGUCAUUGGUUAUAAUUUAUAGCGUUCCAAUCUAGUUAAUUUUUAAUGGAAUUCUGAAAGCUAAAUUACAGAUGUAAAAGGUACUGUACAACCAUCAUAUCUGUAAAUAACUACAUUAAUUAGCACCUUUUUGUCACUUAGAAUAGUAUGCGAUACUACUUGAGUGAGCUAUUUGGGAAGUAAUAUCGAGUUCUAGUGUUCGUUUCUUAGUAUUGGACUGAAUGAACAGUUCUGUCCUAGACAUUUUGCACUAAGAUAGUUGACUCUCCACACUUGUGUCUUUGUUGAUGUACUCUGUACCAAUGGUGAGUGCUCCCUAGUUUCUUUGCCUGCUGCUACAAAAUGUUAUUUUACACCCCUAUGGCAAUUGCCAAGGCUACAAAUACAAGAAAAGUUAUAUUUGUAUGCAACACUAACCCUUUUAUUGUUGAUGUAUGUUUCUGCUUGCUGUGCCUUGUUAUGGCUGCUUUUCUGUGCUAAUAAAGUAUGUUUGGUGUUCUCCUUGUAUAUCUGCUGUUUUAUACAUUUGCAAAAAUUUAUCUUGUAGUAAAUUGAAUUGUUUGAGGUUUUUAAUAAGAUUCACCUGGUAACUAGUAUAGCUAAUACAGAAAUACUGUGUAGUUAAUAUUGGCUUAUCAGAGGAAAGUAACUCUGACUUUAAUGUCACCCAUCUUUUUCAACCAACCAUGAUUUCAUUGAAUGAUGUCUAUUGUUACUGCAAAGUAUGGACUAUGCAGUUGAGUUUUUGCAAGAUAAAGGAUUAACAGAAAAUUUUGGCUAAUAAACUACUAUUAAUUCCUCUGCUGAUUACAGGUAAAAGGCUGAAACCAUUAAUGUUCUAUCUUUCUUUGGAAAAUGAUUAUCAAUAUUUCCACAAUGCUUCAGAAGCAGUGGUAAAAUGAAGUUUUGUUAUGAACUAGUGAUAAUAAAGCAGCAUUGUUUAUUGGUUUGGGGACCAUUUUAAUUGAUACAAAAUGCCCAAAAUGUAGAACUUUUACCAAAGACUUGUCCAUUUUAAAGCAAAAUGGGGAAUGAAGGGACUUUUGUAAUAUCUCCUGCAUCUAAUGUUGGUCCCUAAGUAAUAUAUACCAAAGUGUUUGAGAACUUCAUCCAAACCUACUUUAAAAGCAUUAUGUGCAAUUAAGUUGUUAUAGCAUAAUUCUAUUGCCUAACUGUUGGGUCCGUUUUCUUGAGUUUGUGAUGUACCUGGAAAAUAAAUUAAACCUCUUUUGUAAGUCCAUAAUAAUAAUUGGAAGGACUAUAUGCAAGUAAGAUCGUAUUAUAAAGGGGUAACUUGAAACUCCAAGAAAUCAAUGUAUGUUUUUAUACGCUUGUAGCAAACUGAUGUUCUGGUUAUGUUGUUUUGUAGUAGCUCUCAAUGGUUUUAUGUGUUUAAAAGAAAUUUCAUAUGUUAAAUGGAAAUUGUUUUUUAAAAUGUAAAUAUUUGAGUUUAUGUAAGCAUGUAUGUGUGCUAAUGUCAUCUACGUUUAAGUUUUUGUGUAUAAAUAUUAAUAUGAAACUUUUUGUUUAAAAAAAUUCUCCUAAAUAUUAGCUGCUUUACAUUACAUUAAAGAAAAGAAAGAAAGAAAGAAAAAGGCA